GCCGGGAGGCGGAGCCGGGCGGGCGAUCGCGGCCCGGCCGCUUCCUGGUCACCGGAGCAGGAGGCGACAGGAGCCCGCCGAGGCGGCUGCGGGGGUCCGGCUGCCGCCAUGGCCUCGCUCUUCAAGAAGAAGACCGUGGACGAUAUAAUAAAGGAGCAAAAUCGAGAGUUAAGAGGUACACAGAGGGCUAUAAGCAGAGAUAGAGCAGCACUUGAAAAACAGGAGAAACAACUGGAACUGGAAAUCAAGAAAAUGGCUAAGACUGGCAACAAAGAGGCCUGCAAAGUGCUGGCAAAGCAGCUGGUGCAGCUGCGGAAGCAGAAGAACAGAACUUAUGCUGUGAGCUCCAAAGUCACCUCCAUGUCCACCCAAACCAAGGUCAUGAACUCCCAGAUGAAGAUGGCAGGAGCUAUGUCAGCCACAGCAAAAACAAUGCAAGCAGUUAAUAAGAAAAUGGACCCACAAAAGACACUACAAACUAUGCAGAAUUUCCAGAAGGAAAACAUGAAGAUGGACAUGACUGAAGAGAUGAUUAAUGAUACUCUGGAUGACAUUUUUGAUGCUUCUGAUGAAGAGGAAGAAACCCAAGAUAUUGUUAACCAAGUGCUUGACGAGAUCGGGAUUGAGAUUUCUGGCAAGAUGGCCAAAGCUCCCUCAGCUGCCCGUGGUUUGCCCUCGGCGUCGGCCUCGAGCGCCGCCACCAUCUCGGACGAGGAGAUCGAGCGGCAGCUCAAAGCCCUGGGCGUGGAUUAACCGAGCCAGCUCAGAGUCUGCUGCGGGGCCCAGCCCUACACACACGUGCACAGUGCAAAGACUCUUUCAAUGCAACUCAUUUCUAGCAGAACCCUGAAGUCUCAGAAAUGCCGACUUGAAGAUGAAUUCGCGGAGAGAAGUACUUCUUUUUUUAUCCAUCGCAUGGAGCCUUUUUGACUCAGGGGUGUAGUUCUAACAAUGAAUUCACUUACACCCAAUCCAGAGCUGUCCUUUGGAUUCCAAGUUUUCUUCCAUCUCUGUUCCUGAUCUGUCUCUAGAACUGGCUAUUCAGUGGCGGCUCAUGCCACUUCCUAGGACAGCACCUCUGUAAUAUUUAUCAUUUUUACAAAACUAUCAUUAGAGAAACAUUUAGUCUGCCAUCUCUUAGCACAAAUGAAACUUCACCUUGGCUCUUAGUUGGGAACUUUUUUUUUCCAUGAGAAAUAGCUUUGAAUGUCUAGCUAAUUUAGGCAGAAAGAAAAAGCAUUUUAUGUAUUUCUUCAAAAUUCCUUUUAAGCUGAUGAAAAAAUAGCUUGUUAUUCUUCUUACCAGAAGGGAAGGAUACACUCCUUGUGCAGUUAAUUUUUCUUCUGGAAGAGGAGUUACAUGUGUUAGUGAAAUUUGUUGCAUGAAAGGCACUGAUUGAACUCUAUUGUACUGUAACAUAGCUGGUUUCAACAGAAUUGCUGUGCCUUUAUGUAUAUAAAUCUUGUACCUUUGUGAUUUUCUUUCAGAAGGAGUCUUGGAAAGGUGAGUAAACUUAAUAAUUAAGAUGGUUUUACACAGUGCUUGGGUGAGACCUCUCUGUACACCUGAUGGGACUCAGUGCUGAAGUGGAGAGAUGCACUCAUUCAGAAAUGCAGUUCGUGCACUUGAAAAAAGGACAUUUGCCUGAAGCAACAUUUGUAUAUAUUUUACAGUACUUCUUAAUGGAAGAUAACUGCAUAAUUGUAUUGUUUGCUAAGAUGCAACUGAUCACAUUGAUAAACUAAAUCUAAAUAUUAGUUUUGAGAACAAUUUUGGAUCAUAAAUGAUAACUACUUGUCUAAACACUAUAAUAAAAGCAUUCUGGUUUCUGUGAA